CAGAGUCUCCGGCGGCCCUCUGAGGGGCUUAGUUAGUUUCAGCGCGGUGGGGUCUGCCCCAGCCGGAUGUAGUGUACUGUCCUGGCGGGAGGGGCGGCCCAGUGGGGGUCGUGCCUCCUGGAGCCGCCCCUGGGACGUGAGUCCUGGAGGAGGCAAGGGUUGCUUCAGUUGCUGGGAAGACUAUGAACAGGUCGGAGAACUUGUUCUGUACUGGCUCCUCAUUAGCAUCCCAAGUUCAUGCUGCUGCUAUUAAUGGAGAUAAGGCUGCUCUUCACAGGCUCAUCAUAGGAAACGCUGCCCUUAAAGACAAAGAAGAUCAAUUUGGGAGAACACCACUGAUGUACUGUGUGUUGGCUGACAGACUGGACUGUGCAGAUACUCUCCUGAAGGCAGGAGCAGAUGUUAAUAAAACUGACCAUAGCCGAAGGACAGCCCUCCAUCUUGCAGCUCAAAAGGGAAAUUAUCGUUUCAUGAAACUCUUACUCACACGUAGAGCAAAUUGGAUGCAAAAGGACCUGGAAGAGAUGACUCCUUUGCACCUGACCACUCGGCACAAGAGCCCCAAGUGUUUAGCGCUUCUGCUAAAGUUUAUGGCCCCAGGAGAAGUGGAUACGCAGGACAAAAACAAGCAAACAGCUCUGCAUUGGAGCGCCUACUACAAUAACCCUGAGCAUGUGAAGCUGCUUAUCAAGCAUGAUUCCAACAUCGGAAUUCCUGAUGUUGAAGGCAAAAUCCCGCUUCACUGGGCAGCCAACCACAAAGACCCGAGCGCCGUUCAUACAGUGCGAUGCAUUCUGGAUGCCGCUCCAACAGAGUCUUUGCUGAACUGGCAAGACUACGAGGGUCGGACACCUCUUCACUUCGCAGUCGCUGAUGGGAACGUGACAGUGGCCGAUGUCUUGACCUCAUACGAAAGCUGCAAUAUAACAUCUUACGAUAACUUAUUUCGAACCCCACUUCACUGGGCGGCUUUACUGGGCCAUGCACAGAUUGUCCAUCUCCUUCUAGAAAGAAAUAAAUCUGGAACCAUCCCAUCUGACAGCCAAGGAGCAACACCCUUGCACUAUGCGGCUCAGAGUAACUUUGCUGAAACAGUUAAAGUCUUUUUAGAACAUCCUUCAGUGAAAGAUGAUUCAGACCUCGAAGGAAGAACAUCCUUUAUGUGGGCUGCUGGGAAAGGCAGCGAUGAUGUCCUCAGGACUAUGCUGAGCCUAAAGUCUGACAUUGAUAUCAACAUGACAGACAAGUAUGGAGGCACAGCUUUACAUGCUGCUGCCCUUUCUGGCCAUGUCAGCACCGUGAAGUUGUUAUUGGAAAAUAAUGCUCAAGUAGAUGCUACUGAUGUCAUGAAACAUACUCCACUUUUCCGAGCCUGUGAGAUGGGACACAAAGAUGUGAUUCAGACACUUAUUAAAGGUGGAGCAAGAGUAGAUCUAGUUGACCAAGAUGGACAUUCUCUUCUACAUUGGGCAGCGCUGGGAGGAAAUGCUGAUGUUUGCCAGAUAUUGAUAGAAAAUAAGAUCAAUCCAAAUGUGCAGGAUUACGCAGGAAGAACCCCUUUGCAGUGUGCCGCGUAUGGGGGGUACAUCAACUGCAUGGCAGUGCUCAUGGAAAAUAAUGCAGACCCUAACAUUCAAGACAAAGAGGGAAGAACAGCUUUGCACUGGUCCUGUAACAACGGAUACCUUGAUGCCAUUAAAUUACUAUUAGACUUUGCUGCUUUUCCUAAUCAGAUGGAAAACAAUGAAGAGAGGUACACGCCCCUUGAUUACGCGUUGCUUGGCGAGCGCCAUGAAGUCAUCCAGUUCAUGUUGGAGCACGGCGCCCUGUCCAUCGCGGCCAUCCAAGACAUUGCUGCCUUCAAGAUCCAGGCCGUCUACAAAGGGUACAAGGUCAGGAAAGCCUUCCGAGACCGGAAGAACCUCCUCAUGAAGCACGAGCAGUUGAGAAAGGAUGCUGCUGCCAAGAAGCGAGAGGAAGAAAACAAGCGAAGAGAGGCAGAACAGCAGAAGGGAAGGCUGAGUCCCGAUUCCUGCAGGCCCCAAGCCCUUCCCUGUCCGCCCAGCACCCAGGCUGAGCCCCACAGGCAGAGCGGGGGCCUCAGCAAACAGCCUCCCACCUGCAACACGGCCCAGAGCCCUGAGCGGAGAACCUGCAGAGGGUCUCCAGGCAAAGGGUCUCCAAGCAAAGCCCCCCAGAAGGAGCAGCAUAUUUCCCCAGACUUGCAGGGAACAGACCCCAGAAAGCCAAACGAAACAUCCAGAGAGCACCCUAAAGGCCGGCCUGCCUGUGUCCACUUCAGCCCCAGUGAAGGCACGGAUGGGAACAGGUGUGCAGGAGCCGCCUCUGUUGAGAAGCCCAGAGGGGAGACGGUUGGCGAGCAGCGGUGUGACAAGGGGAAGGGCUUCUCGAAACAUCCCGCCUGCAUCAGGGUGGCCGGGCCUGAGGAGAAAGGAGAGGACCCCGGCUGGGCAGCUGCAGGCCUUCCGCAGCAGGAUGGCCCCCGGAGGCCCAGCAGACGGCCCGACGCAGUGCCCAAGGCCAAGUGCGCCUCCCAGAAAAGGCGCGUUCAAGAGCUCAGAGGAGGAAGGUGCUCCCCAGCCGGUUCUAGCCGGCCUGGCAGUGCCAAGGGGGAGGCGGUCCAUGCUGGGCCAAAUCCUCUCCACCAUCGGACACCAAGAAACAAAGUGACACAGGACAAGGCUGAAGGAGAGAGCCUCUCAGAUUUGUCACAGAGGACAGAGGUGCUAAGGUCAGGAGUCAGGAAGUUGGGAAUUUCCACCCUGUCUGAGGAUGCUCAGAUAUCUAAGGAGGCUAACCCAGCUCCUGGUCCCCUCUCUGGGCAGAGCGUGAAUAUCGACCUUCUUCCUGUGGAGCUGCGCCUGCAGAUAAUCCAGAGAGAAAGAAGCAGGAAAGAGCUAUUUCGCAAAAAGAACAAGGCAGCAGCAGUCAUCCAGCGGGCCUGGAGAAGCUACCAGCUCAGGAAGCACCUGUCCCACCUUCUGCACAUGAAGCAGCGUGGAGCCAGAGAUAUGGACAGAUGGAACCGAGAGUGCAUGGCACUGCUCCUCCAGGUUUGGAGGAAGGAACCAGAUCUAAAACCCCCAAAGACCAUCACAGCAAGCAGGACCACCAAGAAUCUGUCCAAGAGCAGCUCGGGCAUGAAGUCCACCAGGCACUCAGUGCUCAAGCAGAUCUACGGUGGUUCUCAAGAAGGAAAAGUCCAUCAUUCCACAAGAUCUUCAAAAGCCCAGGCAGUGCUGCGUCUCAACUCAGUGAGCAACUUGCAGUGUAUACACCUCCUUGAGAACAGUGGAAGAGCAAAGAAUUUUUCUUACAACCUGCAAUCAGCUACUCAAUCAAAAACCAAAACAAAGCCUCGGCUGACUGUGGAGGAAGUCUGUGUCCGGGGUAACUGGCAUAGCUAGUAGAGUUCUGAUUCUCUGCUGAUUAUCUUUUCUAUCUUGGGUCAACUUUAAUAUCCAUGCCUGAAGCCUUAUUGGACUGAAAAUGUGGUAACAACUGAAAGAAAAUGUCAGAACGCUUUCUUUCUGCUCUAUACUGCAUUGUUUGGAAAUUAUCUUAACUUGUGCUAGAAAGACCAGGGCAGACUAUGCCUAUGCAGAACUGCCUAGAUGCCUGCCUUCACCUCCGUCAGUGUGGCUAGAAAGGAGAAUUUAUAACCUCAGUAAAACUAACAACAUGAGGGCUGCUGGGUUGGGGUUUCUGCCAGCCAGCUGGCGCAGGCCUGGUUUUUUGGCUUUGGUGAAGAACCUAAAUGAGAUGGGGAGGAACCUGUCCUACAGUGGCUACCUUCAUUUCACUUUUUCCUGAAUCUAAAGCAACAAACUUCAUUACAGACACCACAUCCUAUUAUUCCAACAUUUUAAGUUUUAGACCAGAAUCGUGAUCCAGCCUGUACUUUUACAAAUUAUCUGUAAGACCACAAUAGCACUCUGUUCAUCUCUGUUGAUUCCUUACAUUUUACAGUUCAUGUUAGCCUCUGAAGGCCACAGCUGCUGCCACCUCCUCUGUGAACAGCAAUACUGGUAUCACAUGAUACCAUGGACAUCAGUCGGGUAGGUGCAAAGACCAGACCAUUUACGCACAAUGUAUCAAUUCAGGCCUUAACAUUCUACUUGUAUUUUCUGCCUGACCUGUAGAACUCAAAAUGCCAUUCCUAUUAACAGGGGAAAAUGCUAACUACACAUUCUAGCUCUCUAUUACCUAGUUUAAAUGAAAUCUAGUGAUUGGGAGUUUAAGGGCUUACAGGCUUUUGCACAUUUUUAAGGACAAAGCUAAUGUAUGGAAUAUAUAGACAGGCAUAGACAGUGACGUAGUAGGCUCACAAAUACCUCCAGGGCUGCUUCCAUUUCUUAGGAUUACUGUCACCCUUGUCUUGACAGUAAGAGAUAGGAAGCAUUAUAGUGUUAACUUAAUCCCCUUGAUUUUUCAGUCUGCUAGUUAAAUUAUUUCAUGAUUAGGAAAAUGAAUGUAUCAUAGAAAUCACUAAAUAUAGCUGAUAAUUUUUUAAGAACCACAAUGGGUUAGAAAAUCACUUUUGAAAGUAGUUAUCUCAAUCAGACCAGCCACCAUCUACAUACAGGAAAAUCCAAAACUGUAGCUCUGUCUUGAAGUCUUGCCCCUGUGUUGGGCUACAAAACCUCUGUAAAUAACAAUAGCAAGAAGCUCAUUGUCACCGUGGGUUAAGGGUAACCACUCCCAAACAAAACAAAAGACUGGUUCCUGCUGCUACCUGAAUGACCUGGAGCUAAGAACAGAAUGAAUGAGAUUUGCCUUGAGGGGAUCACAAAAGAUUUAGCUAAUUUUUUGGUAUACAGUAGUGCCAUGUUAUCACUCCGUGUUUUGUAAAUAUUUAGUUCCUAUGAAAUGUAAAAUACACUACCACAUAUCACGCCAGUCCAGGAAGCCAGCCUGCUUUAUUUUCCUAUCUUAGUGCAAAGGAAGGUUCAUAAACAACUUUUUUAAAAGUUCAGCUUUAAUGACAUUUAUUACAUCAGUCUCUCUUCAAAAUUAGAUGUGAAUAAACAAUU